AUGUCCGGAAGGGAGCGCAGCCCACGCCAUCGGCCAUGGUCAGUUUACCGGGCCAACACGUUUGAUCUCUCUGCUGAGAUGAUGGGACUGGCGCUCUCAGGCAAAAGCCAGGAUCCAGACGAGCCUGUGCUGGAGUUCAGUGUGGCCUGCAGUGAACUGGUUACUCCAUCUCUGGAUCGUAAGCCAACCAGCUUUGUCGCCAUCAGCUGCACCACGCCGCCCCAGGCCUUCUGGACCAAGCACGCUCAAACUGAAAUCAUUGAGGGGACCAGUAACCCCAUCUUCCUGAGCAGUGUUGCAUUCUUUCAGGACUCUCUGAUCAAUCAGCAGACUCAGGUCAAGCUCUCCGUCUAUGAUGUGAAGGAUCGCACACAGGGCACGAUGUACAUGCUCGGUUCGUCCAUGUUUUCCGUGAAGGAGCUGCUGCAAGACAAACACCACAGACUGCACCUGACUCUCAAGUCAGCGGAGAGCGAGCGCGUGGGCAACAUCACCGUCAUCGCCUGGCAGAUAGAGGAGAAGCGCGAGCAGAGGACUCCUGUCGCGAGGUUACAGAGAGGAGACACUGUCAAUGGAAGAAUGGUUCUCCCUGUUGAUGAGAGCCUGACUGAAUCCAUGGGUAUAAAAUCCAAGUCUUCGUCCCUGUGUAAAGAUCCACUGCUGAAGGCUGUGUUCGGAGGCGUCAUGUCUCGGACCUACCGUUUCCCCACCACGGAUGGAAACCACCUGCGGAUCCUGGAGCAGAUGGCAGAGAGCGCCCUCUCCCUGCACAUCCCUCGACAGUUUGUCAAACUGCUGCUGGAGGAAGAUGCCGUCAGGGUGUGUGAGCUGGAGGAACUGGGCGAGCUGUCUCCAUGUUGGGAAAACCUCAGGAGGCAGAUCAUCACUCAGUACCAGACCAUCAUCCUCACCUACCAGGAGACCAUAAGUGACCUGCACGAGUAUAAAGGUCCGUCCUUCAAGGCAAGUACCUUGAAAGCUGAGAGGAAGCUGGAGUUCAUACCCACUAACCUUCAUAUCCAGAGGAUGAGAGUACAGGGAGAGUCCGGUUACGACCACACAUAUGAUGUCGUCACCAUCGGAGCUCCUGCAGCACAUCACCAAGGCUUUAAAGGCUGCGGCCUCCGAAAACUGCUGCACAAGCUGGAGGACGCCAGAAAACACACAUAUGAGGAGGAAAGCUCUGCUGGCUCUACAGCAAAGACAUACCAGCCUCAGGAUGUGGUGAAAGCGAAGGAGCUGAUUGGUCAAAUCAACACUCUGAAGACGCAAGUGUGUUACUACACCGAACGCCUGUCGCGAGCUGCCAAGGAACGCUCGGCCAACGCUCUGGAGAGAACCCUGGCCAUCCUGACAGAGAAGACUCGUCAGUUAGUGACCGCGUGCGACUCCAAGCUCCUGUCGUCAGCCAUCCUCGCCCUGGCAGCCGCCCGCCCAGAGUUCAUCCAGCAACGCACCCCUUCGCCGUCCUCUUCCUCCCUCUCGCCCUCCUCUCAUUCUCCAUCCCGCUCCCCCUCUCGUAACCCCACCUCCCCGUCACGGGUUGCCAUCUCUCCCUCUCGCCACAUGGCUCUUCCAGAGGGCAGCGAAGGGAGCAAAAACAAGCGGUCCUCCGUGCACGCAGAUGUACACAAGGAGGAGUGGGAGAAGGACUGGUUAAAUGUUAAUAAGAGUCUGGACUGUGUGAUCCAGAGGGUGGACAGUCUGCUGCAGCGAGACAAACUCCAGAGUGACAGUAGCUCUGAGGACGUCUUCCUGCUCGCUGACGAGGAGCCUAGUAACACCAAGAAAGAUAAGAGUCCAGAAGUAGAGAAGAAGUCCCCAGGCGAGUGGAGCGACGCCCUCUAUCCUCUCCUCACCACACACACUGACUGCGUCUCUGUGAUGAGCGACAAAGCCAAGAAGGCCAUGGUGUUUCUACUGAUGCAGGACAGCGCCCCGACCAUCGCCAUGAGCCUCACCAUGCAGUACCGCCGAGACGUCGUCUUCUGCCAGACGCUGACGGCUAUGAUCUGUGGCUUCAUUCUCAAGCUGAGGAACUGUCUGUGUGACUCAGGCUUCCUCAGGCAGCUGCACACGAUCGGCUUACUGGUGCAGUAUGAGGGUUUGCUCAGCACCUAUGGCGAGGAGCUGGCCAUGCUGGAGGACAUGAGUGUCGGAGUGAUGGACCUGAGAAACGUCACCUUCAAAGUGACACAAGCUACUUCGGGUUUUGCCCCCGACAUGAUGCCAGUGAUCACAGGGAACAGGAACGGCUUCAACGUCAGGGUUCCGAUGCCCGGAGCGAUGUUUGACUCCCUGCCGAGAGAGAUCCAGAACGGAAUGCUGCUGCGCGUGCAGCCCAUCCUCUUCAACGUGGGGAUCAACGAACAGCAGACGCUGGCUGAGAAGUUUGGAGAUACGUCACUGCAAGAGCAGAUCAACACGGAGAGCAUGACUCGCCUCAGCUCAUACUACGACCAGUUUAAAGAAGUCCUGCCUGAAGAGAGCCUCCCCCGCUCCCACAGCACCAGCAGCCUUCCUGAGCUGCUCAAGCUGCUGGGCCAGAACGUGAGCGCCAAGAAAAGCAAGAACGUGGAGAUUCUGUGGCAUGCGGCCGAGGCAUGUCGCCGCCUGAACGGAGUGCGUUUCACCAGCUGUAAGAGCGCCAAGGACCGCACGGCUAUGUCUCUGACCCUGGAGCAGUGUCAGAUCCUGCAGCAGGAGCACGCCCUGGCUCCGCAGGUCUUCUACCAGGCUCUGGACUGUAUGCGCAGUGAGGGCUGCAGGAGAGAGAACACCAUGAAGAACGUGGGAUGUCGUAAAUACGCCUUUAACUCUCUCCAGCUCAAGGCUUUCCCCAAACAAUACCGCCCCCCAGAGGGGACGUACGGGAAGGUUGAGACCUAA